AAGUACAGAAAAAUAUAAAACAAAUCAAGGAGAAACAAAAAAACUAUCAAAAUCUCCACCCCAAUCAAAAACAAUGUCAACUAGUUUAUUGGAAAUUCCGAGUACUAAAAAAUACCAAUUACUUCAAGAGGAAAAGAGUGUACGAUCAAAAUCUCCAUCCCAGUCACGUGCAAUAAAAAGUAGUUCCUUAAAAGUUUCAGGAACAGAUAAAUAUCAAAUAACUCAAGAGGAAACUAUUAAAUUUUCGAAAUCUUUACCUCAAUCGAUUCAUAUAUCGAGAAGCUUUUUUGCGCUAACGAGUACAGAAAAAUAUCAAAAAAAUCAAAGGAAAAUUUUUAAGCUAUCAAAAUUUUUACCUAUGGGUAGUAGAAUAACAAGAAGUUACGUUAAAAUUUCAAGUACAGAAAACUAUCAAAUAAAUCAAGUUACAACAACUAAACAAUCGGAAUCUCCACCACAAUCGAUAAAAAUUCAAGGAAUUUCAUCUGCAAUUUCUAGUACAGAAACGUUGGCAAAAUUUCAAGAAAAAACAAGAAAACUAUCGAAUGUUCCAACCCAAUCUAUUGACAUAUCUAUAAUUUCGUUAGGAAUGCCGAGUCACGAAAUAUAUCAACUGAGUCAAGAGAAAACAAGAUUACUAUCGACAUCUCAAUCGCAAUCGAUAAUAAAAUUAAGAAGUUCAUAUAACAUUUCGAGUUUAGAAAAACAUCAAAUAUAUCAAGAAAAAACAAGUGUGUUAUUGAUAUCUGCCCCUCAAAUAAGUAUAGUGCCAACUAGUUUAUUCAAAGAAGCGAGUACCGAAAAAUAUCAAAUACCUCAAGAGGAAAAAAGUCAACUAAUAUUAAUUAAACUUCAAUCCCACUCCGGUAAAAUAAAAAUUAGUUCAAUUGGAACUUUGAUCCCAGAAACAAAUCAAAUAACUCAAGAUGAAACAACUGAAGCAUCCGUGUCCCCCCCUCAAUCGAUUACAGUACGAAGACGUUCAUUUGCAAUUCCGAGUACACAAACGUACCCAAUAACUCAAGAGGAAACAAGAAAACUAUCGAAAGCACCUCAAUCAAGUAAAAUGCCAGUAUAUCAACUGAGGCAAGAAGGAACAAAAAAAGAAUUGACAUCUCCAUUGCAAUCGUUAAGAAUAUCAAGAAGUUCAACUAACAGUUCGAGUACAGAAAAUGAUCAAACUACCAAAAAGAAAACAAGAACAUUAUCGAAGUCUUCACUUCAAGUAAGUACAAAGCCAACUAAUGUUUUUAAAGUUGCGAGUACCGAAAAAUAUCAAAUACCUCAAGGGGAAAAACGGGAAUUAACAAAACCGCCACCUCAGUCUAUUACAAUAAGAAGUAGGUCAUUUGAAAUUUCGAGUACAGAAACAUAUCCAAUACAUCGGUCUGGUUCAAUAAAAUCGCUUAUAAUUCCAAGAAGUUCAGUGGUAAUUUCUAGUACAGAAAAAUAUAUAAAAUCUCAACAGGAAAAAAUAAAACGAUCUAGUACAAUACCAAGUAGUUCAUGCAUAGAUUGUACAGAAAAAUAUCAAAUAACUGAAAAAGAAACAAUAAAAGUAUCGGAGUCACCACCAAGUAAAAUACCAACUAGUUCAUUUGCAAUUCUCCGUUUGGAAAAAAUUAAACUAUCGAAAUCUCCCCUCAAAUCUAGUACAAUAUCAAGUGGUUCAUGUAUAGAAUGUACAAAAAAAUAUCAAAUAACUAAAGAGAAAACAAGAAAGCUAUUAAAAUCUUUAAUUCUUUCUGGUAAAAGUAGCUCAUCUAAAACUGCAAGCUCAGAAAUAUAUCAUUUGCGUCAAGAGAAAACAAGUAAACUAUCUUGUUCUUCAAAGCAAUCAAUUCCAAUACCCAGCAACUCAUUUGCAAUUCCGAGUACACAAACGUUCCAAAAACCUCAAGAGGAUAUAAGUAAACUUGCCAAACCUGCACCUCAGUCUGGUAUAAAGAAAAGUAGUUCAAUUGAAAUUUCAAAAACAGAAAAAUCUCAAAAAACUCAAAAGGAAUCAAGAAAAAUAUCGAUAUCUUCACCUCAAACAAGCACAAUGUCAACUAGUUUACUAAAAAUUCCGAGUACUGAAAAAUAUCAAAUACCUCAAGUGGAAAAUAGUUUGCUACGGAAACCUUUACUCCAGUAUAGUACAAUAAAAAUUUUGAGUAGAGAAACCUAUCAAAUAACUCAAGAGGAAACAAUAAAACCAUCGGAUCCUCAAUCGAUUAAUAUACCAAGUAGUUCAUUUGAACUUUCCAUUACAGAAAAAUAUGAAAAAGCUCAACAUGAAAAAAAUAAACUAUCGAUAUCAACCCUCCAAUCUAGUAUAAUAUCCAGUAGUUCAAGUGUAGAAUGUACUGAAAUAUAUCAAGUUACUCAAGAGAAAGCAAGGAAACCAUCGAAAACUCCAACUAUUUCUGGUAAAAUAUCAAGUUGUUCAUUUAUAGCUCCAGACACAAAAAAAUAUAAUCUAUAUAAUUCUCCAACGAAAUCAAUUCCAAUAACAAGCAGUUCGCUUGAAAUUUUGACUUCAGUAACUCAAGUGGAAAAAGAAGAGUUAUUCAAAUCAACAUCUCUAUCUAGUAGAAUAUCAUUUUCAUUAAAAUUUUCUAGCACAGUAAUACGAAAACUAUCGGAAGGUAGUCACUUUAAAAUUUGUAGUACAGAAAAAUAUCAUCAACCCCAACAGGAAAAAGUUAGACCAUCGAAAUCUCUCCUUCAAACUAGCACAAUAUCAAGUAGUUCAUGUAUUGAGUGUACAGAAAAAAAUCAAACAAGUAAAAUAAAAAAAAGUAUAAGUCUUUCGGGGUCAAGAACACUAUCAAGUAAAAUACCAAAAAGUUCAUUUAAAAUUACGGGUACAGAAAUAUAUCAACAGAGUCAAGAGGAAACAAGCAAACUAACAAAAUCUCCAUUACAAUUGUUUACAAUAUCAAGUAGUUGGAUUGCACUUUCGAGUACACAAAAAUAUCAAACACCUCAAGAGGAAAAACGUCAACUUACAAUACCUACAACUCAGUCAAGUACAACUAAAAGAAGUUCAAUUAAACUUUUGAGUGCAGAAAACCAUCAAACAAAUCAAUGGGAAACAACUGAACGUUCGGAGUUUUUACCUCAAUCGAUUAUAAUACCACGUGGAGCCAUUUCGAGUGCAGAAACAUAUCCAAUACAAAUACAAAAAUUAUUUAAAAUAUUAAGUAGCUCCUUAAAAAUUCCGAGUGCAAAAAUGUAUCAACUGAGUCAAGAAGAAACAAGAAAUUUAUCAAAAUCUGCAUCGCAGUCUAUACCAAUAUCAAGAAAUACGAUAAAAAUUAGUUCGUUUGGACUUUCAAGUAAAGAAAAAUAUAAAAUAACUCAAGAGGGAACACCUAAAUUAUCGGAAUCUUCGUUUCAAUCGAUUACAGUAUCAGCUAGUUCAUUUGAAAAUUCGUGUACGGAAAAGCUUCACAGUACAGAAUCUUCGAAAAUUUCAUCGUUGGAAAUUAAGAUAUCCAAACCAAUUAGUAUCGACAUAAAUGCAAAUUUAUAUAAACAAACGGAACAAAUUAGUGCACCCUUAGGAAAAAGUAGUUUAAAACAGCAAACAGUCAGUAAAUUACAAAAUUUUAAUUAUAAUGAACAUAAACACACAAACAUAGUUAAAAGAGCUAUAUCUGAUCAAAAUGUUUCUAGUAAACACCAAAAACAUAAAAUAGACAUAACACAACAAUCGAGAAGUAUAUCGACACAUUCUGGUAGGUCAAGUAAUACAAUGAACCUGCAAAGUAGUAAAAAAACCAAAUCCAUUGGAGGAAAGACUAUAAAUUCUUCAAAAACUAACAUUAAUAAAACAAGGAUCACGAGAUUUUUUAGCAGGAAUGUUCUAUCAAAAGAGCUGUCAAUCAGUACUGAGCUUACUAAAGGAGCGCUUUGUAUGUGUACAUGUGUUAUUGAUCCUGAUGAGGACAUCUGCUCUUGUAAUUGCACAAUCACGAAGCGUACGUUAUUAAAAAAUAUGGAAAAAGCAAUAAAGGGAGAUGGUAUCUCCACAAGGCUGCUUAAAAAUGUAAGGAAAGAAAACCAAACAAAAGCUGGACACAAUGGGAAAAAAGUUGCGACUUAUAACUUGAUAAGCCAUGUCUCUAAAACCUUCCGAUUUCCUUAUAAAACACUAAAAUAUAAAAAUGAAACCCCUAAAAUAGACCUGAAAGAGCAAAUUAGCCCCAAGCUAAAUUUUAACAAAAAUGUUUUGAUAAUGACUUACAAAGAAUUAUUAGGCACAAGCAAAAAUGCAUUGAUGCUUUCUAAUGAUGAAAAAUCGAAAGGACUCAUUCAGGAGAAUUACAUUUUUAAUAAGCAGCUUUUUUUAACAACUGAUGAAUUUCUCUCUACAACAAACGUACAGGUAAUACAUUUAUAUUUUAAGCAUGGUAUAUGUAAUAACUAUUUAUUUAUAGCCUUUUGACUUGAAUGUGCUGAACAAAAUCAACAAAAGACUUAAGGAUCU